AUGGAGAUUCAACGACAACUUCAAAUAGUGCAGUUUGAUAUCUAAAAAAUUCUUCUUCAAUUACUUUUCUUUCAGAAAAGACGUCUGGACGCAUAAAAACUGGAAACAAAAAAGCAGAUUGGAAAAAAAAUCUACUGACUACAGGAAUAUCAAUGUGAAGGUUUUAAUUUCGAAAAGCUUUUUGAUGAAAAAAAAAGAAGGCUUGACCUUAUAACACUGAAUUGAAGCUAGAAACUCUCGCGCCAGAUUCGGCGGUUUUUAGUGUGCAAAAUUUUAUCGCAAUCGGGAUAAAUAAUCGAUUUUGGUUCAAGGGCCCCGACAUUCUGGCUGCGGGAUAAAUAAUUCAAUUUUGCGAGCUUUCUGUAUAGACUUCUGUAUUUACAGUACAGUAGCAAAAACGGGUGAUUAUGUUUUUUUUUUUGGGUUUUCGAUCAUAACUUUGUUAAAAAUUAUUGUUUUGACCUGAAAUUUUAAACAAGUUUGAUGUUAAAAACGAUUUUUUGAGCCUGAAAUUCCGAAAAAGCAAAACGAAAAAGUUUGGAAGAAGAUCCCAAGGAGCGUACAAACUUAACGAGUAAAUGUCCCGAAGAUACAGGGCGGUUUUCAAAUCCAACAGUGGCUUUUUUGAAUUUAUAUUUGUUGAUUAUUUUUUGCGAUUCAAAAUAGAAUUUUUUCGGAGAUUUUUUUUUGGAAACGGCAAAACUCUAAUUUAAAUCGUCAAUAGCAUCUUUGUACUCAAUUUGUUGGAAUUUCAAGUCAAAAUGAUUUUUUUUGACAAAGUUAUGAAAACCAAAAAUACUCACCCAUUUUUACUACUGUGUAUCCUCUUUUUCCGCUUUUGACAGUCUUUAUCUUCGAAAAUUCAGUCGAUAGCGAUGACGAUAAAUCUGCCUUCCUUACUCGAAAUGGCGACGACGACUUCAAACAUGAUCCAUGGCGGACGGCGUGCGAUCAACUGCGAGGCCAGCUAG